AUGGCACAAAAAAAGUAUUUAAUAGCGAAGUUGACGAGCUGCUUAAGAGAGGACAAAAUCAAGCUAUGGAAACCACCCUAUACAAACGAAGAAAAAGAACCUGGGGAAGAGAUGAAGGAUCUUGUACAGAAGUACUCCUCCAAGCUGAAGAUCGACGAGGGCGAUGCCGAGGACAUGCUGGAAGAAAUACGGUGUAAAGCCAUUGAGCGUGGGACAGGGAAUGAAAACUUCAAAGUGACUGGGGUUGCAAGGCUUGAUAUCUACCUGCCUCGUAGGAAAUGCAGAAAAAUCCCUCUGGAAACCAACCUGUUCAUCACAGGCAAGGAACUCAGAUCACAAAUAGCACAGGAACAUGGAUUAAAAGAAAAUGCAAUCAAAAUAAUCAUAAAUAAGAAGCAGCUUGACCUGGGCAAAACCCUUGAAGACCAGGGUGUGGCACACAAUGCAAAAGUGAUGGUACUUCAGCUGGAGCAGAGUGAUGAGGAGACAAAAUUGCAAGUUCAGGAAGAAGAACUUCAAUGCAAGAAAGAACAAGAAAUAGAUAACAAGAGGCAAAGAACUAAGAAGGGAUUGGAAAUUCUGUCAGAGAGAGAGGAGUACCUGGAUGAAGAAUCUCUUCCAUAUCUGGAUAUAGCUAAUCAGACUGGAAGGUCAAUUGAGAUUCCUCCUCAAGUUAAAACAGCACUUGUGCUGGCAAUGGGCUGUCAUGAGAAGGGCAGGGCCUUAAUGAAGAAGAAGGAAUAUGAAAUAGCACUGCCGUAUUUGUUGGAUGCUGAUAAACAGUUCUGUGAGUGCAGCCCGGAGCUGCUGGACACCGUGGAUAACUACGCGGUCCUGCAGCUGGACAUAGUGUGGUGCUACUUCCGCCUGGAGCAGCUGGACUGCCUGGAUGAUGCUGAGAAGAAGCUCUCCACAGCACAGAGAUGCUUCCAGAGGUGCUAUGGGGAGAACCAUGAAAGACUCAUUGAUAUCAAAGGAAGCUACGGUCGGGAGAAGGUUUUGUUUCUACGGCUUUACCUCCUUCAAGGGAUAGGAUACUACCACAGUGGCAGAGAAAAGGAGGCUGCUGAAUAUAUUCAGAGGGCAUCUUCCUUGCAUGAAGAGCUGUCCAUAGACCCUGACAAAGUUCAUCACCUGUCACUCAUGGGGUUCUCUGAACAGGAGGCUCGCCUUGCCCUGCGCGCGUGCCACGGGAACGUGGAGUAUGCUGCCAACCUCAUCACCAACAGGAGGGAGGAAAAGGCACAGAUAAGGAGGGAGGAGAGAGCCAAAAGAAGGCAACGAAUAGAAAACAUAAAUGCCUUGAAACGUAUGGGCUUUUCAGAGAGAGCUGCUCAAGUAGCUCUUCAGAAUGCACAGGGAGACCUGAACCAAGCCUCUCAGUUUAUUCUCGACAGUCCUGAGUUAUUGUUGGACAGUAAUGACAAUGAUCCCGAGACCACGGACCAGUUUCAGUUUUCCCAGGAAAACCUUGAAUGUCUGGUGUACCUGGGUUUUGACCGUGAGUCAGCAAAGCAAGCCCUACAGCUCUUCAAGGGCAACAUGCAGCUGGCUUGCCAGACUCUGGUCCACUACGGCGGCGUGCUGCCUGCGGCGCUGCGGCCGGCUCCCAAGGCAGCCAGCCCCUCCGAGGAGUCAGCUUCAUCAGAGCUCUCACCCACAGACUCUGCAGGUUCUUCUAGUUCACCAACAGAUGAAGACAUGGAGACUGAAGCAGUCAAUGAAAUCAUAGAGGAUAUUCCUGAACAUGAAGAGGAUUAUCUGGAUUUAACACUGGAGGAAGAGGAACAGAUCAUUCAGGAGUACUUAUCCUAUCUACAAGAACCACAGCAUUAA